AUGAAAUUAAGAAAAUGUCCAAAUAUUUCAGGAUAUCAAUACUUAUACAAAGAACGGAAGUCAGAAGCCAGAGUAUGAAACACAGAAAAGCAUCUAAUACGCAACUUUGAAUCAAAAUAAAAGCCAGAACAAUGUAGCUCUACCUACUUUAACUCAUGACUCUUCCAAAGUCCUUAUUGAUAAAUCCAUUGAGAGAGCACAAUAUCUUGAAAACCUGAAUCCCAAAGAGAAGAAUAUAUCUCUUUCGAACUUAGUUUCAAAAUUCAAGGAGCCCUCUUCAUCUUCAGAAGCAGUAACCAUGAAGUCAAUUUGCAAUAUUCUCAAAACAAUCCAACCCAAGCGAAAAGAAGCCAUUCCUUCAACUUGUAAAUAUAAUAAAACCAAAGACAAGAGUGUAAGACCCAAAGAGCAUAAACCUGCAACCAAAAUUUAUAAAUAAGGGAACUAGCAUCACAAAUGCCAAAAAUGGGCCACACAAAGACUUUUAUAAACAAACAGCCGAAGCUGUUAACCAAAUUCAGUACCAGCCUCCAGACACUUGCUCUUCAAAGAGGGUCACUCACAAGAGAUGUAGUAGUCAGCUCAAUAAGAGAACAAAUAAAACCAGAAAGAAGUUCCUUGGUUUCAAAAAUAUCACUGGGAACAUUCCCUCUACCGAAGAAUUUGAGAUCAAUCAAAGUAAUAACAACCAUUUAAACCACCAAAAUACGCUUCAAGAAGAGAUAGAUAACUUAAAGAGAGCCAAAGCUUCUCCUCUUGGAAGAACUUCCAGCGUUUGGAAGCUAACAGAGAAGAAGACUCAAGGUUCACUACUAAACCAAGCCCGUCCUUCUCCAAAACACAAAGUCUUAGUUUGUGAAAGCCACCGUCUAUAGACACCAAACUCAUUAAUCGCAAAUGUCAAAAUGCAUACUCACGGGGCAUCAAAUGCUCAAGCAAAAGGGUUGUCAACGAAGUUGAUAAGCGAAAAAUUCCUCUCAAAAAUUCCUCUUUAGGCCAACGCGAUUUGAUCAAGACAAACCUCUACAGAAUCCACAACUUGUCUAAAUUCAUUGACCAGGACAAGCAAAAGACGCCUAACAAAAUAACUC